AUGUUUUCAAACGUUUACGUUUUCUUCUUCCUCUCCUACGCUGCUCCUCAACCAAAUUGCUGCUCGGUCGCCGCUCGUCGCUCCUGCUCCUCGCAAGCACCAGUUUAUCGUUCCCCGUUGUCUCUUCUUUCCAAGGUUUCAUUGUCCACAAGCUUCAAGUUCAUCAUUCGUGUGCACCGCUUGGGAGACCACGACAGCGAGGGGUUGUCUCUCUGGGAGGUGCUUUCCUCGGUCGCCAAGUUCGGCGGCCAGGCUUUUGUGAUGCAAGACAACGUAUUGAUAACAACGCUAACUGUGAGAGAAGCUAUUCACUACACAAACUCAGCUACAAUUGCCAGACUCCAUGCCAGUAUCCGAGAAGAUGGAAAGAGGAGAAAUGGUAAUAAGGGAAAUGGGACUGCAAGAUGCCAUGGACGCAAGAAUUGGAGGCUAGGGGUCCAAAGGACUAAGUGGUAGUCAAGAGAGACGAGUUAGCAUUUGCUUGGAAAUUGUGACCCACCCGAAGCUUCUCUUCCUUGACGAACCAACCAGUGGACUCGAUGGGGCAACAUCCUAUUAUGUCAUGAGCAAAAUAGCCAGCUUGGACCAAGGAGAUGGAAUCAGAAGAACUAUAAUCGCAUCAAUUCAUCAGCCUAGCAGUGUAGUCUUCCGGCUCUUAUUGGGUGCUUUAGAUUGGUUGUAGUAGGAUGGGCUAUGAUCACUGCAUAUGAUCAGUGGGAGGUUGUUUUGUAAAACUCAUCUGUUGUCUUCUCUUUCUUGUAGUGUUGUGCGCACAAAUUAAAGUUGUAUGCUCUGUUGUUAUCUCUUCUUAUAUUGGAAAUAUUUAAGUUCAAAUUAAUUCAAGUGUUUAAUAAUGAGUUAA